AUGGCUGGACCGCACAGAACGUCACUUUAUCCGCAGGAAGAAUGCCUUGCGCGCGUCGUUUGGGCGGCUCAUACCCUCUAUUAUCUCACGAAAAACCGAAGCCACGCAGAGCUGCUGGAAGCUGAAAACACCACGGAGAUCGGCAGUCAUACAGAUGACUCGAGCGAUCAUGAGGCAGACUACGAGACAGAGAAGAACAUGAUUCUGUCAGGGCCUCGAGAUUCUAUUCGCCAGAAAUUCCUGGACUGCAUUGCACAGCUGCUGUCACCGUGGAAGGGAUGGGACGGGGUUACUGCAACGGCGAUACGGGAAGGAGAAGCCGGAGUUGAGGUUGACAUCACAAGAAACGAUAAUUUUCUUUUUGAUGAAGGUUGCUUUAAUAGUGAAAUUUUGGAAUACUGCAAGAUGUUGGAAGAAUAUCUGGAAGGUCGUACUGGAGAUUUCGAGCUGAAGGUGAUAGACUAUAUGUCCUGUCGGAUUGAUCAUUGGGUUGAAGAUUUCCGGAAAACCCUUGAAAUUGACCAAAAUUGGCCUGACUGGAAUUCUGAGCGAUUUUUUGGGCAGGAGGCUGCAGUGAAAGCUUGGAAAACCAUGACAGAUCUUACACUUAGAUUUGAUGCUGAUAAGAAAGCCGUCACAUCUAGGUCUUUAAUAGUGCAACAAGCUUGCAGCUGUCUCAAUUUGCCACAGGUCCGGCAGUUGCUGGUGGACACAUUUGGGAUUCAGCGUGGUUUGAAACUCUGGAGCAAGCUGAACUUUAUCGCCAGGCCGCUGGUCGACUGCCGAUCAUUGGGAUUAAUAGCCAUUCGCGAGCCACUGUUACGCAACUGCAAAAUCUUCCUAGUCUCCCCUAAAUGGAACACAACAGUGGAAGCCAAAUACAGAGUUGGAAUAUUCAAAGCAUGGGAACGACUAGGGCUGGGGCCCAUUCCUGGACCCGUGAUGGGGAUACUCGACCCUUUUUGCCAGAGGUUCGAAGAAGCCUGUGCAGGGUCAUUUUCCCUGCAUGCUGAGAUGCAACUAGUGAUGCACUACGAGGAGAGAUGCGCCCUCCAACCUACUUUAGACUACUUCGGAUGCAGUAAGAAGACUUGCUUGCUCUGCGAAACUUUUCUUCGUGCGCUGCCAAGUCCAAUUGCCACACGUGGAAGGCACGGUAUUUGUUAUCCUGCCUGGGCUGUACCAAACCCAAAAUCAGGUGCUAUAGAGGUCGCCGUCGAGCGGUUAGAGAAGAGCCUCGUUGCCCGCAUUCGAGUUCUCCUCAACGAUUUCAAGCACAUCAGUCAGAGAGGUCUCGCUGCGAAUAUCAUGCAAUCUGGCAUGGUAUCGGAUUUUUCACGCCUUACUCUUGAAGAAUGGCAGCGAAGCGAACAGCACCUGCGGCUUUUCGAGAAAAAAGAAACGAUCAGGCAUAGGGACCGGCUGAUUAUUGAAGGAAUUGUUCCAACUACAAAAUCGCGCUAUCGCCCGCUCGAGAAUUUCGAACCUCAAAAUUGUUGUGUGAUGUGUAAUACGAGCCCAAGGGUUCAAUGUGCACAGUGUCAAAGCACAUACUAUUGCUCCACAGAAUGCGAGGAGAGUGACUUUCGCUCACAUAGCCUUCUUUGCCAACAGUUCGCUACUCAACUCGAUAGACCAUCUCCAGAACACAAACGGGCCAUAUACUUCCCAGCUGAAAAAGACGAGCCAUGUUUGAUAUGGGUCCCAUGCCGACGCCAACACGCCGAGGAUGGGAUCAAGUGGACACAAAUUGAUCCGUUUCCCUACCUUGGAACUGAUAAACCAACCAAAGGGACUAUGCACAUCGAACAUAACCCAGUACGAUGUCGAAAUCUGGGCGCUGGAUUUGCAGGCUAUGCUCCAUACAAGAACGGAUACUGUGUUGCUUUGGUACAUCGGGAAGCCUAUUUGAAGGACGGAUCAACCACAAAUAGAAGCAUAUUAGCUUCUGUGAGGGCAUCCUGCAUGUCCACCAUCUCACAUGAAUAUCGCGGUCCUAUGAUUGCCAUACGAGAAGUUCCCCACGAAGACUACACCGAUAUAACACUAGCCGACUUCCGACAUCUAGUGGAUUAUUUAAUAAGCUACCGAAACACGCACAUUAGAGAAAGCGUCCCGGAUCGGCUACACCGCGCGCCAACAACCGUCCGCGGCGUGAAGAUUUGCUGCCACGGCGAAAUAAACCUUCAUGGGUCAGAGCCCUUCAUUUCCGUUGAUAUCACCCGCUCAAACCAGAUUUCCUUGGGCGACGGAUCUAUCUCACCGAUAUCAGUCUGCCUCGGCAUGGCUAUACGGCUCUGGAAGGACCCGGACCUUGAGUUCCUACAUGAUCCGCCAGGAUGGGAAGGAGACAUGACGGCAGACAGUAAUCCAAAUGUUGCUUUCUUGAUGAUGGAAACAGAUUCUUCCAAAGACGAGUGGGGCUGGGCGCCGAUGUAUUGGAAUAGCAAGUUAGGCAAUGUCUGGGCUGUUCGUGAAGAUGGACAAGAUCUGGCUGUGAACGAUAUCGCAAUGAUGUGCCAUUUUGCGAGGCACAAACUACAGCGUAUGUUCGAAGACGUGAUGGAAUCGGGCUCGGGUUUAGUGAGUAGGCAGAGGGUUUUGGAUUUCAUUACUUGGGACAAUAUAGUUACUCAUUGGGACGAGACUGGCGAGCAUUAG